AUGGCCUUGAAUUUCGAAGAUCCUUGUUGUGGGUUCCACAGUGCCGAAGUGGUGGCCUUUAUCAAUAAGAAGAUGGCCGAAGACGUAAAAGGUCCCGAGUUCUACUUCGAUAAUAGAUCCCUGUCCUGGAAUGCAGUGGAGAACAAGCUUGAGACUAUCCUGAAGGACAGCACUGUGUCCAUGCAGGCCAAGCAAGCCUGUGCUUGGAGCGGCCUGGCACUGAGUGUGCGCUUUUCCCGCAGGCAGAGGGAGUUACUGGAGUGCAGGGUGCAGUGGCUGCACGACUUCGCCAGGCUGCACAAGUCAGCUGCGUUAGCCCUGGCCAAAAACCUUAAGGAGCUCACUGAACGACAUGAGCUAGAAAACAAGAAGACAGCCACUCAGCUGCAGCUGCUCCAGACCUCUCUGAAAGAGGUGCAGAAGGAGCGAGACCUGCUGAGAUGGAAGUUCCUCCAGGCUGGCAUGCAGCAGCAAUCCAUGGAGUGGACUACAGGAUCGCAAAGUCUUACUACUGCCAGUGGGUCUGUUGUAGAAGGCCAGAAGGAAGAGGAAGUAGUGGCCACAGGUUGGCCAAGGCUAGCCACUGCCAGUGAAACUAAGAUUGGAGGAGAAAGUGAAGAGGAUCCAGUGGUCACAAGAUGGCUGAGUUUGGCCACUUCCAGUGGAACCUGGACAGAAGAAAGCAAGGAGGAAAAAAAGGUAGUGACUACAGGGUGGCCAAACCUGACCACUGCCAGUGAGGCUAGGGGAGAAGAAGUCAAGGCAGAAGAGGAAGUAGUGGCCACAGAGUGGCUAAACCUGGCCACAACUGGUGAGGCUUGGACAAAAGGAAAAGGCAAGAAAGAAAAAAAGCCAUUGGUCACAGACUGGUUAAGCCUGCUCAUUGCUAGUAGGGGUAGGGAAGAAGUAGAAGGUGAAGAGGAGGCAGUGGCCACCGAGUGGUCAAACCGGACCACUGUGAGCCGCGCUGGGACAGAACAAAGUGGCAAAAAGGAGGUAGUAGUUGCUGGUACUGCUACUGCUGCUCCUGCUACCACCACCACAGGAGGGAAAAAGAAUGUGGCAGGGACUGCUACCACUCCUGUUACUGAAACAGCAGAGGAGCUAGGGGGGCGCUUCAUGGAUUUUCUUGGUGCUAUGGACUGGAAAAAAUUCACCACUACAACGCAGGAGAGUGAGCUCAGGUCCAUAGACACAAGUAUAUUUUCUUUCCCCAAGGUCUCAAAAGAAGAGCCCCCAGAUUCACAGACACUCCUUCCUAUCCAACUUCCUGCCUCUUUCUCAUACUCGUACUCAUUCCCAGACCCACCCACACCAUCUCCAACAACCUCAUCGGUUGCAGCACCUCCACCUAAGCCAGCUCUCCACUGGGGGAGGUCUAAUAGGGUAACUCAUAGAAUAGAUCCUCAAGAAACCCAAAGAAGAAGGAGAGAUGCAGAACCAUCUCAGCAGAGGAGGGCCCCACUAGUGCGCAGGCUGGGGGAUUGGGACUGUCCUUGGUGUAAAGCUGUGAAUUUUUCAAGGCGGAAUAUUUGCUUCCGCUGUGGGAGGGGGAUCUGGCUACAAAACUCUUAG